GUUCACUAUACCAUGUAAACUUGGAAAUUCUAGUUCUUCUAGGGCUAUGUUAGAUUUGGGUGCAUCAAUCAAUGUCAUCCCAUAUUCUCUAUAUAAGUCCCUAGAACUAGGACCCUUACAUGAGACGGGGGUCGUUUUCCAACUUGCCGAUAGAUCCAAUGCCUACCCAAAAGGUGUGGUAGAGGAUGUUCUCGUCAUGGUAGAUGAUUUAAUCUUUCCCGCUGAUUUUUACGUUCUUGAAAUGGAGAACGAUAAAAAUGCAGUCCCAAUUUUACUAGGCAAACCUUUUUUGAAAACGGCCAAGGCAAAAAUUGACGUUUUUAGUGGAGUGUUAACCAUGGAGUUCGAUGGCGAAAAAGUCGAAUUUAAUAUCUACGACUCCAUGAAAUAUCCCACUGAUAAUCACUCUCUAUUUGCGAUUGACACUUGCGACACUUGGGUCCAAGAUGUAUUUGAAAUUGAGGGAAAGGAUGAGGUACUAAGCUCAAUUGAAAACGACAUAGCGGAUUUUACAUUGGAAUACUCUAUGUCGAAUAACAUGAAGGUUAUGGUGGCGGAGUUAAAUCAACUCCCACUUUUGCCACCGGGCUCUAAAGCCCUCCCACUAACCAUUCCAAGCGAGGAGCCGCUACCAUCUGUUUUGCAGGCACCGGAGGUGGAAUUAAAACCACUCCCUGAAAAUAUGAAGCAUGUGUUCUUGGGUGAAAAUCACACUCUACCGGUGAUUAUUUCAAAUGCCCUGUCCCAAGAACAAGAAGAAAGAUUGAUCGCGGUCCUCAAGGAAUAUAAAUUGGCCAUUGGAUGGUCUAUUGCCGACAUAAAAGGCAUUAGUCCAUCCACAUGCAUGCACAGGAUCUUGCUCGAAGAUGAGGCUAAAGCGGUGAGACAACCGCAACGAAGAUUGAACCCACCCAUGAUGGAGGCGGUGAAAAAGGAGGUGAUCAAAUUGCUUCAAAUGGGAAUCAUAUUUCCCAUUUCUGAUAGCAAGUGGGUGAGUCCUACUCAAGUGGUGCCAAAGAAGACCGGAGUAACGGUCAUUGAAAACAAGGAUGGCGAGAUGGUGCCCACCCGAGUUCAAAACGGGUGGCGAGUUUGCAUUGACUACCGAAGACUCAAUUCGGUGACUAGAAAAUACUUCUUUCCAUUGCCUUUCAUUGAUUAAAUGCCAGAGAGGUUAGCAGGGCACAAGUUCUAUUGUUUUCUCGAUGGUUACUCCGGGUAUUUCCAAAUACCAAUAGCCCCGGAGGACCAAGAGAAAACAACCUUCACAUGUCCAUUUGGCACUUUUGCCUACCGACGAAUGCCCUUUGGAUUAUGCAACGCACCGGGCACCUUUCAAAGGUGCAUAAUGAGCAUAUUUUCAGAAUUUGUGGAGGUAUUCAUGGAGGUCUUUAUGGAUGAUUUCACAAUCCAUGGGGACUCUUUUGACUCUUGCCUCUAUCACCUCACUCUUGUGCUAAAAAGUUGCAUUGAAUCCAACCUUAUGCUGAACUAUGAAAAAUGCCACUUCAUGGUAGAACAAGGGAUUGUUCUUGGGCAUGUGAUCUCAUCAAAGGGGAUCGAGGUGGACAAAGCAAAGAUUGAUGUGAUUCAAACACUCCCAUACCCCACAAAUGUACGAGACAUCCGCUCUUUCCUCGGUCACGCCGGUUUCUAUAGGAGAUUCAUCAAUGAUUUCUCAAAAAUCUCAUCUCCUCUAUGCAAACUUUUACAAAAGGAUGUGGAAUUUGAUCUAAAUGAUGAAUGCAAAGAAGCUUUUGACACUUGCGACGUAAGUGACUAUGCGGUGGCGGCAGUUUUAGGCCAAAAAGCCGGAAGAGCCUCUCAUGUCAUCUACUACGCCUCAUCAACCCUCAAUGAAGCCCAAAAGAACUAUUCCACCACCGAGAAGGAAAUGCUAGCGGUAGUCUUUGCUUUGGAAAAGUUUCGUUCCUACCUUCUUGGAACGAAAGUUAUUGUCUACACUGACCAUGUCGCUCUCCGAUUCCUUAUGACAAAGAAAGAAGCCAAACCAAGACUCAUUCGAUGGGUCCUUCUAUUGAGUGAGUUUGAUGUGGAAAUUAAAGACAAGAAAGGAGCGGAGAACUUGGUGACCGAUCAUUUAAGCUGCCUCAUUCCUCACAAAGACAUCGAAGACCUCCACACAAAUAUCAUCAAAGGAGAAUUCCCGGACGAAACUCUCUUCUCCAUCAAAGUCACACAACCAUGGUACGCAAAUAUCGUGAACUUCCUCGUUUCCGGCAAAUUUCCUCCACAACUCUCAAAAUCUCAAAAAGAAAAAUUAAGAAUGGAUUCAAGACUCUAUGUGUGGGAUGACCCAUAUUUGUGGAAGCAUUGUAAGGAUCAAAUAAUCCGAAGAUGCAUCCCUGAAUAUGAGAUAGCCCAUAUCAUAGAGUUUUGUCACUCUUAUGCUUGUGGAGGACAUUUCGCUCUGAAACGAACGACAAUGAAGAUACUUGAAAGCGGUUUUUGGUGGCCGAGUCUAUUUCGGGAUGCACACGGCUUUUGUCAAUCUUGUGACAAUUGCCAAAGAGCGGGCAACAUUUCCAGGAGGAACGAGAUGCCACAAAACCCCAUGCUUUUCUGUGAGAUUUUCGAUGCAUGGGGUAUCGACUUCAUGGGACCCUUCCCAAAUUCCCAAGGUAACAUAUACAUCCUUCUUGCAGUAGAUUACGUCUCCAAAUGGGUGGAGGCCAAAGCAACAAAAACUGAUGAUGUCAAGGUGGUGGCUAGUUUUCUAAAAUCACACAUAUUUUUAAGGUUCGGGGUCCCUCGAAUUUUAAUAAGCGAUCGAGACACACAUUUUUGUAAUAAAAUUGUGGGACCCCUACUGAAAAAAUAUGGUGUGACUCACAAAAUUUCUACAACCUACCACCCUCAAACCAAUGGCCAAGCGGAAACCUCAAACAGGGAGUUGAAAUCUAUACUCCAGAAAACAGUGAACCCGAACCGAAAGGAUUGGAGUAUACACAUUGAUGAUGCGCUAUGGGCAUACCGAACUGCCUACAAAACCCCAAUCGGUAUGUCUCCUUAUAGACUUGUGUUUGGGAAAGCAUGCCAUCUUCCCGUAGAGCUCGAACACAAGUCCUAUUGGGCGGUUAAAGAAUUCAACCUCAAUCUUGACGAGGCCGGUGUACAUAGGAAGCUCCAAUUACAAGAAUUGGAAGAACUUCGCCUGGAUUCUUAUGACAAUGCAGAAAUAUACAAGAGAAAGACGAAGGAGUGGCAUGAUAAAAUGAUCAUACGAAAAGACUUUAAACUUGAUGAAAAAGUCCUCCUAUUCCAAUCACGCCUUCGUCUAUUUCCGGGAAAGCUGAGAUCCCGUUGGACCGGACCAUACAAAGUGGUCAAAACAUAUCCACACGGGGCGGUGGAAAUUCAGGACCUGGAGACGGGAGAGGUGCUGAAAGUGAACGGACAGAGAUUAAAACCCUUCUUUGAGGGUUUUCAACCCAAAAAUGUGGAAGUCGUAGACCUUUCUGAACCGGUCUACGAAUGAGGAACAACAGAAGAUAUAUAUAUUAAACAUUUUUUCAUAUCUCUUCUCCAAUUCUUCCUAAAUCCUAUUCUUAACUCUCUACUCUCUAAUUCUUUUAUUCUCCAAUAUAUUAUAUUUAUUGUUUAUAUAUCUACUUUAUAUUAAUUAUCUACUUAUAAUUUAUAAAUACAUACAUUAUAAUAUUAUAUUACUUAUAUUUGUUAUCUAAUUAUAUAUUACUCAUACAUUUAUUAUACCUAUUAAUAUAGGUGGAAUUAUAUCUAAUUAAUUUGAAGUCAUUCUAUUACUCCCAUCCGAAAGACCGAAAGUCCGAAAGAGAUGGAUCGUGCUAGAUAUUCGGUUGAUAUGGGUAACCUCGAGCGCAACCGAACGAAAGAGCUUGCGAGGAAGAGAUCCCGCAAAGGUAAAUCACAUAUCGGCUCUUCAUCUCAAAGUCGAGAUGAUUUUGAUACGGAUUACGCAAGGAGGGAUGGGGAUGCGAUGACCGACGAACACCCGGUGGAGUAUUCAAAAUUAGGCAGCGGAACGGGGAAGCAAACUCAAAUAUCAAGGUUUGCAAAUAACCAACAAGCUUUUGGUAAUUUCUCAUACAAUGAUGCACAAAAUUUGACUGGUAUGGCUAACUUACUUGUUGAAUAAAAUUUGCCUUAUUUGUUUUCUGAAAGUCUUGCUUUUCGUGAUUAUGCACAAAUUUGUUUAAAUCCGCAAUAUAGAGGUUAUAGUCGCAAAACGGUUAAGAAAGAAAUUUCAAGGCUUUAUAGUGCGGAAAAGGUAAGGUUACAAAAUUAUUUUGCAAACUUUGAUGGACGUGUUACUGUAUGUUCUGACAUAUGAGAUGAUACUUAUGAUAAUUUACAUUAUUUGGGUCUGACUGUACAUUAUAUUGAUAAUGAUUGGCAUAUGCAUAAACGUGUUCUUGCUUUCCGUGAAUUUAAUGAUCGUCACACCGCUGAACAUAUUUAUAUUUUGAUUGAGCGUAUUUUAAUUGAGUAUAAUUUAAUUGAUAAGGUGUUUGCUAUUGGUUUUGAUAAUGCUACUAAUAAUACUGCUGUUAUUCCUAGAUUGCGUGAAUUGUGUGGUUCUACUUCUUUGAUGGGUAGAUUUUUUCAUCAACGAUGUGCAUGUCAUGUUCUAAAUUUAUGUGUGCAAGAUGGUCUAAAAGCGUUGGGAGCAUCGUUGGAGGUAGUCAAGAGGGGGAUUAGACGUAUUUGGGGUAAUGGACAACUUAGGAAAAAAUGGCAUGAUUAUUUGAUAGAAAGAGGUGAGAGAUAUGUGGCUUUUCCUAAAGAUUUGUCUAUUCGUUGGAAUAGUACCUAUAAGUUAAUUGGAGUUCUUCUUAGAUAUAAACAACAUUUUCCUGCUUUUAUAAAACAAUAUGAUAACUAUAUUAUAAACUCGGCUGAGAUCGACACCUGUGAAAAAAUUUGUAAUGCUUUGAUAUAUUUUAAUAAUGCAACUGAAACUUUUAGUCAUGUUUAUAAACCUACCUCAAACCAAUUUAUUCGUGAAGCUGUUAUCUCGCCGGUGCUUUUUCAAAUUUUGAGAAUGCUGAUUAUGUGAGUUAUUUUGCUAGUUUUAUGAAGGAAAAGUUUUUAAAAUAUUAUUCACAUAUUCCGCAUAUUUAUGGUAUUGCAUUUGUUCUCGAUCCUCGUUUUAGACUUGGUUCUUUAGAAGAAUGUUUGAAUUAUUAUUAUGCUGCUUUUGUUGGUCCAUUGCCAAUGUAUGAAGACAAUCCCAUUGAUCCGAAAAAAAUACAACGAGAUUAGUGAUAUAUUUUAUGCAUUAUUCAAUGAGUUUCAUGCACAAUAUGGCAAUGCGCCCCCUCCCACGACACAAACAUCAUCUAAAGGAAAAUCAAUUUUCAAAUCUACAUUUGCCAAUCUUAUUAAAAAACAAAAUCAACUCCCGCUACGCAACAAAGCACAAUUAAUGAGAUUUAUUUGUAUUUAACAUAUGAUGUUGAUUUUGAAGAAGAUGAUGAUUUUGACGUACUAAACUGGUGGAAGGGAAAAGAAAGAAUGUUCUCGGUUUUAGCAAAGAUGGCUAAGCAAGUGCUAUCAAUGCCGGUUUCAACGGUUGCCGUGGAACAAGAAUUUAGUUCGGCCUGCAAUGUCCUAACGCAAACUAGAACGAGGUUGAGCGCAGAAUCUCUUGAGAUGCUUAUAUGCUACCACGAUUGGUUGAAAGAAGCCCGUAGAGCUUAAGAAAUUGACAUCACCCCAUCCCAACACUUUAUGGAUGAAUCUACAACUGAGGGUGGCUCUACCUACCAGAGAUUCCGA